AUGUUGAAUAGUAAAUCGUUUACUCAGAUAACCAGGUUCCCGCCUACUAAACAUUUGAACGGACAAAUACCGCAAAAUUUAAAAUUCCGCGUUUUCAGAAGUUUUACAAGUUCACAGGAGUUGAAUUUGGGUAUAGAAAAGUUACAUGAUUUUGUCAUCAGGGACGGGUUUGUGGUUGACGAAAAAGUUCUAGAAUGGUCAAAAAAACUUAAUUUCAAACGCCAGAUUGUUGACUAUGAAACUUUGUUGAAGUCAGUGGAAAUUUUUUAUAGACUAAAUGAACCUGAGGGUAUGAGUGAAAUCCUCAACCAUUUUUCAAAGGAUAUUCAUUACAUACCAACUGAAAUAUUAACACAAAUAACGAAAUUAUGUCUAAGAAAACUGAAUAAUAAUGAAUUAACACUAAAACUACAGACAGAAUUAUAUUCAAGAAUUGUGGAUUUUCGUUUAAAACCUGACAUCAACACUGUUGAGAGCUUAUUAUACUGUACGGGCCUUAUCAAAGAUUAUUCCAUUGUACAUCAAACACUUUCUACUAUCAUGAAUUGUACGGAUAUAAUAAAUAAUUAUAACUCGUUGUUUAAAGUAUUAAAACUUUAUCACUUUUAUUUGUCAAGUAAUAGUCUAAUUGAGGGUUUUAUGGAUCAUAUUAUGUCUAAUUUAAACCAAAUAAGCGGUUACCCAGGAAAAGAUUUAGUUAAUUGUCUGAGAUAUUUGCUAAAGAUUAGAAAUUACAUCGAAUUUGAUUUGGAUAAUCUUUCAAAUAUCUUUGCUGGUUGUGAAUAUAAUUUGAAAGAUUUAGUGUUGGUUUUGAAGGAUAUUCACAAUUCUACAUAUUUAGUGCCAGAGCACAUUUAUUCUCCAAUAAUAAAGGGAGUCUUUGGUAUGAUCACCGAGUUGCCUAAAGAUUCAAUUAUCUCAUUCAUGAGGUUUCUGAAUAACCAUGAGGUAAAAUUAAAUCAAGAUCAAGCUGACCUUUUAAACUUGAACCUGAGAAUUCAUCUAAGCACUUGCAAUUUCACCACUUCUGAUGUUCUAAACACUCUUACAUAUUAUUCUAACCCAAAUUACUCUCAUCCUCACACUGUAAAUAAACUUUAUACUUAUUUUGUAAACAAAAUGAACAAGUCAGAGGAUAAGUUUUCGGAUGUUAAUUUCGAGUUAUUCGUUCUGAGUAAGUUUGUGUUGUAUUUUAAUGAUCAAAAUAAGCUGAAGAACUUGGCUGCAAAAAGAUAUUUAAGAGCAAUAAACUGGAAUUACUUGGCCCUAACAGAUAGGACAAUUUCAUACUGUUUUUACGUAUUAUAUAAAACUGAUAUAAAUCCAGUUAGGCUGGUGCAAAAACUACUUCCAAUCUUAAACUCCAAUAAGGACCGUUACAAACCUUUAGAUUUAGUUCAACUUUUACUCUUCUUCACAAAGUUUAGGAAUGAGCAUUUUUUCCCAGUGUUGGUGGGUAAGGUACAGCAGAAGCUAUUGGAUCAAGAAUUUAACCCUAAACAACUUGUGAUUAUCUGUAAAUGUCUUUACAGUUAUAAGAAAAUCUUAGUUUCUAACCUUUUUACACACGUAAAUUCAAAAAUCGACCAAAUGGCCCCUUCCCAAAUUUGCACACUAUUUAACCUGUACACUAAAUCACAAUUAAACAAUCAAGUUCUAAUCAAUAACCUAAACCAAAUUAUCUUAAACAAUCUUCACAAUUUAAACAACAAAGAUGUGGUAAGGUUAUUAUUACCCAUUAAAAGAGGGUAUAUCAAUGAUAAGUCGGUGAUAGAUGAAGUUAAAGGAAGGAAUUUAGAGCCAUGGCAUUACUUUGAUGUAUUUGACGAGGUUCCGGAGCUUGAGUUGGAUGACGACCAGGUUGUCAAGUGUGUUUUAAGCCUAUCCCAGAAGAAAAGAUCGGAGGAUUUUGACAAAUUCGCAAGGGCUUUAUAUGAAAAACUGUUUAAAAUAGUGCCAAAACUAUCAAGACCACAGGUGAGCUCACUUUUAGCAAGCAUUCACUCCUACGGAUAUACUAAGCCUAAAAUUAAUCGAUUACUAACCAGUGCCCUGAAAAAGUUCUCGCCUUCACAAGAGUCAAAAGUUGAUAAAGAUGAAAACACAAAUUCUCAAAUCUUCAGGUUCUUUAGACAUAUUUCCAAAGGACCGCCACAUCUUGAUAAAAUACACUCCUCAGUAUAG